AUGCCUCCUGCAACCAUGAAGCAAUGGGUCGUCCAGGACAAGGAACACGACCUCGAUGGCCUUAUCUAUGAGGAUGCGGAGGUCCCGAAAGUCGGUGAGAAUGAAGUCUUAGUGAAGCUUCAGGCUGCAUCCCUGAAUUAUCGUGACCUAUCAUUCCGAAGGUAUGAGCCUGGCACAUACCCAUUUGCCCUCAAUUUCCCAGUUGUUCCCGGCUCGGAUGGUGCCGGCGAGGUUUUGGACGUGGGAUCUAAGGUCGUUGAGUUCAAGAAGGGUGAUCAAGUGGCCACUCUUUUCAACCAGGGCCACCAAUAUGGUGAAAUCGACCCUCACGCCGCUGAGACUGGCCUAGGUGGUGCGAUCGAUGGUAUCCUACGCGAAUACGCCGUAUUGAAUGAGCAGGGUCUCGUGAAGGCACCAAAAAAUCUGACAGCCCUUGAGGCUAGCACUCUCUCUUGCGCAGCCCUGACCAGCUGGAAUGCUCUGUAUGGCUUGAAGCCCCUGAAGCCGGGUCAGGUCGUUCUUGUGCAGGGAACUGGUGGUGUCAGUAUAUUUGCUCUGCAGUUCGCCAAAGCUGCUGGUGCAACUGUCAUUGCCACUACCUCUUCAUCAGAAAAGGCCGACAAGCUCAAGAAGCUUGGCGCCGACCACGUUAUUAAUUACAAGGUCGACCCCAACUGGGGUGACGCUGCCCGCAAGCUGACGCCUGAAGGAGCUGGCGUGGACCACAUUAUCGAAGUGGGCGGAAGCGGCACUCUUCAGCAGAGCUUCAAGUGCGUGAAGCUCGAGGGUAUUAUCAGUGUCAUUGGUUUCCUUGGAGGCGUUGACCCUAAGACUCAGCCGACUGUCUUGGAAACACUAACUCACAUUUGCACUGUUCGCGGUGUCUAUGUUGGCAGCAAGGCCCUGAUGAGGGACAUGAUCCGUGCUAUUGAGGCCAAUAAUAUCCACCCUGUGGUGGAUGAGAAGGUCUUCAGUCUGGAUCAGACUCGGGAGGCUUAUGAGUACAUGUGGGCUCAAAAGCACCUCGGCAAGUUGGCCAUCAAGAUCAACUAG